AUGCGCGUGUCGGGGCUGGCGCUGUGCGUGACUCUGUUCCUGGCUGUGGGGCCGCCGGUGCUCGGUGAUCCGGAGCCCGUCCCGGAGCCCGUCCCGGGGCCGGAGGAGGGGGACCGGCCGUGCUCCAGCUGCGAGGCUCGGCAGCACAUCCGGACACUGCGGCUCAACGCGAUCAAGACGCAGAUCCUGAGUAAACUGCGCAUGAAGCACGCGCCAAACAUCAGCCGCGACACGAUGCGCGCGCUGCUGCCGCGAGCGCCGCCGCUGCAGCAGCUGCUGGACCAGUACGACGUGCUGGGGGACGACAACAGGGACCCGGUGCAGCACGAGGACGACGAGCACGCGACCACUGACACCAUCAUGUUCAUGGCCAUGGAGCCCAGCCCACAGGUGCAGGUGGAGGCCCGGCCGCAGUGUUGUCUCUUCUCCUUCGAGCAGAAGCUUCAGUCCAGCCGCGUGCUGCGCGCUCAGCUGUGGGUUCACCUGCGCCCGUCCCCGGAGCCCACCACGGUGUUCCUGCAGCUCUCGCGCCUCGCCCCGGGGCACGCGGGGGGCGUACACAUUCGGAUCCGCUCUCUAAAGAUCGACGUGACGGCGGGGGUGAGCUCGUGGCAGAGCAUUGACGUGAAGCAGGUGCUGAACGUGUGGCUACGGCAGCCUGAGACCAACUGGGGCAUCGAGGUGCGAGCCCUGGACUCCAGAGGCCGGGACCUGGCCGUGACGAGCGCCGCGCCCGGGGAAGAGGGGCUGAUGCCCUUCCUCGAGGUGCAGAUGGCGGAGCCUCCAAAGCGCCGGCGCAGAGACGUGGGGCUGGACUGUGACGUCAACUCGUCCGAGUCUCGCUGUUGCCGAUAUCCGCUCACCGUGGACUUCGAGGACUUCGGCUAUGACUGGAUCAUCGCUCCCAAACGCUUCAAAGCCAACUACUGCUCAGGCGAGUGCGAGUACAUGCACCUGCAGAAGUACCCCCACACCCACCUGGUGAACAACGCCAACCCCCGCGGCACCGCCGGCCCCUGCUGCACCCCCACCAAAAUGUCCCCCAUCAACAUGCUCUACUUCAACCACGAGGAGCAGAUCAUCUACGGCAAGAUCCCGUCCAUGGUGGUGGACCGCUGCGGCUGCCUCUGAGACGGGACAGACCAAAGACAGGGCCGCACCUGCCGACAGUG